AUGCGUUCGGCAGUGUUCUCUAGAGAUACCAACGAAACCAAAAUCAAGGUGGCCCUGUCGCUUGACGGCGGGCAUAUUGAGCUCGAGGGCGCUGAAAAAAGCGAGGUCGCCGCCCAGACGACCUCUAGCCAGGUCAUCAAUGUGAACACCGGCAUUGGCUUUUUAGAUCACAUGUUGCAUGCCCUGGCCAAGCACUCGGGCUGGAGCCUGCUGCUUGAAUGCACAGGUGAUUUGCACAUCGACGACCACCACACUGCGGAAGACUGCGGUAUCGCGCUCGGACAGGCCUUCAAGCAGGCUCUCGGUGCGGUUAGAGGCGUCAAGCGGUUCGGCACUGGCUUCGCCCCCCUGGACGAGGCUCUUUCUCGGGCUGUUGUCGAUCUGUCCAACCGCCCCUACGCUGUGAUUGAGCUUGGGCUCAAGCGGGAAAAAAUCGGCGAUCUCAGCUGCGAAAUGAUCCCCCACGUCCUGGAGAGCUUCGCCCAAGGAGCAGGGAUUACUAUGCAUGUCGACUGUCUGCGGGGGUUCAACGACCACCACCGCGCAGAGAGUGCGUUCAAGGCUCUGGCCCUAGCAAUCAGGGAGUCAAUCUCGAGCUCCGGCAACAAUGAUGUGCCGUCAACAAAGGGUGUCCUCCGCUAG